AUUUCUAUUAUCAGUUUCUGGUCCGGUAGACAAUCGCGAGUCGCUUCGAAUCUUUGAACAUGAAGUCCCUAGUUUUCGCCGGUGUUCUAGUUUCCUUUGCUGUCCUGGUGUACAGCCAGAGCCAUAACAUCACCUGGGGCUACAAAGGGCCAUAUGAUGUUUUGCUCAAUCGCACAAUUGCUGUCAAGUCUUCCUCGAUUCUACAAGUGAGAACCAUGGAUUUGACCUAUCCGGUGAAGGGUCAGAUCGGGCGCAACAUUUCGGCCAUUCACGUCACGGAUCAAUACAUCAAUGGGAAGGGUGGUUACGCUAGUCUCCUCAAAGGUGGCGUCGGUUACAAUCAUACCGUUAUCCACCUGAAAUCACAACGCGGCAACGGAUUCAGUUUUAUUGUGGAAAUUUAUGGCCGAUAAUAAGAACAAUGAAAUGUGUGGGAGGUGUACUGUGGAAAACAUGAAAUUGUUUGCUGUAUAUAACGCCGGGGAGCUUAUCAGUCAGAAGUAUUCAAAUCGUGUGAUAGCAAUGGAAUAUAAUUUAUUGAACGGCUGUUUGAUCUGUAAUAAAACAGUAUUUCAUAACCAUGUCAGAUGAAAUCA